AUGGCCUCUCACGUUGCUGACGGCCAUUCGAAUGGCUCCCACCCAGAUGGCCAUGCCGAAGGCGGAUAUACUCUAGCCGAUAUUCCAAAAUCCAACAACUUCACCUCGCACCUCCCUGCAGAUCCGCAAUUUCCUACCCCGAUUGACUCUCACCGCGCACCUCGCCAAAAACUUGGGCCUCGCAUGGUCCGAGGAGCGUUAUACACAUAUGUACGGCCGGAAGCGACAGAAGAUGCCGAACUGUUGGCCGUCAGUAAAGCGGCAUUACGUGACAUUGGCCUUGCCGAGUCCGAGGCCACUUCAGAGGAAUUAAAACAGGUCGUGGCCGGAAACAAGUUCUAUUGGGACGAAGAAAAAGGAGGCAUCUACCCAUGGGCGCAAUGCUACGGCGGCUUCCAGUUCGGCUCCUGGGCCGGACAGUUGGGCGACGGCCGAGCCAUAUCUCUAUUUGAGACCACAAAUCCCCAGACGAAAGUCCGCUAUGAAAUCCAGUUGAAGGGCGCAGGGAAAACUCCAUACUCACGAUUCGCCGAUGGCAAAGCUGUCCUGCGCUCCAGUAUCAGAGAGUUUAUUGUGUCAGAGUAUCUCAACGCUCUCGGAAUACCGACCACACGAGCAUUAUCUUUGACCUUGUGUCCUAAGUCCCAGGUGGUUCGAGAGCGCCUUGAACCAGGGGCGAUUGUUUGUCGCUUUGCCCAAUCCUGGCUACGAUUCGGGACUUUUGAUCUGAUGCGGUCAAGGGGCGACAGAGAUCUCAUCCGGGAGACUGGGACUUAUAUUGCUGAAGAGGUGUUUGGUGGCUGGGAGAAACUCCCAGCAGUUUUACCAGCUGACACCAAAGAUGCACACUUGGAUCCUGCCAGAGGAGUACCCAAAGACACGAUCCAGGGCAAAGAAGGCGCAGAGGAGAAUCGGUUCGCCAGACUGUAUCGUGAGAUCGUUCGACGCAAUGCCAAGGUUGUUGGCAUGUGGCAAGCAUACGGCUUCAUGAACGGAGUGCUCAACACGGACAACACCUCAAUCUACGGCUUGUCUAUGGACUAUGGCCCUUUCGCAUUCAUGGACAAUUUCGACCCGACUUACACACCGAAUCACGACGACCAUAUGCUCCGAUACAGCUAUCGUGCUCAGCCAAGCAUAAUUUGGUGGAAUCUGGUUCGUCUGGGCGAGUCCCUUGGUGAGAUGAUUGGCGCCGGUGACCAUGUGGACGAUCAGGUGUUUGUCGAAAAGGGUGUCACCGAAGAGUUUGCUCCUGUCUUGAUCAAACGCGCCGAGACCAUCAUUGAUCAGAUUGCGGAUGAAUACAAAGCAGUGUUCCUGAGCGAGUAUCGUCGGCUAAUGACAUUGCGCAUUGGGUUGAAGACCCAGAAGGACAGCGACUUUGAUGUGCUCUUCUCCGAGCUUCUUGACACCAUGGAAGCGUUGGAGCUAGACUUCAAUCACUUCUUUCGUCGUCUUUCCUCGGUGAAGUUGGACGAUGUCAGCACCAAGGAGAUACGUGAAAAAACUGCUGAACGCUUCUUCCAUCUGGAAGGCGUUACAGGUUUGAAUGAAACGAAUGAAUCCGGACGCGAGAGAGUCGGCAAGUGGCUUGAUUCCUGGCGUGAGCGGAUGGUGGAAGAUUGGGGAACCGAGCCAUCGGCGGACGAGGAGAGGGAAACGGCCAUGAAAGCCGUCAACCCCAACUUCGUCCCCCGAGGGUGGUUGCUCGACGAUAUCAUCGACAGAGUACAGAACCAAAAGGACCGGACCAUCCUGGAGGGCGUGAUGGAGAUGGCCCUCAGUCCGUUCAAAGACCAGUGGGAGUGGAAUGAAGAGGUUGAGAAGAAAUUCUGUGGCGACGUUCCCCGGUUCAGGAGGGCCAUCCAAUGCAGUUGUUCUUCUUGA